CUGUGGUCGUGGGGGUAGGGGGCUGAUUGGUUGAGCCGAGUGCCGUGCCCUCAGCUGAGCCAAUCCGCAGGGGGGAGGGCGGGGCCCACAGGAGGCAGGCGCGCCCACUCACGUCCACUGAGCAGAGGGAGUUGCCUCCCGGAGCCGCCAGCCGUCCCCCGACGCCAGGUACUCCUCGACGCCAGGUGUCCCCGGAUGCCAGCCGUCCCCCGACACCAGGUGUCCCCGGAUGCCAGCCGUCCCACGCCCGGCCUGCGUGUGGGCUGUGGGGCCAGGACGCCCCAGUGGAGGCCGAGCUGGGGCUCGCUGGUGUGGUGCGGGAGCACUUCUGACGCGGGCCACGCGCGGUAGGUUUUCAGGGGCCUCGGGGGUCACACCAAGGCGGCGCGGAUAGAAACAGCAGAGCGUGUGGGAUGAGCCGAAGACCAGCCUAGAACGAGUCCGAAAAAUCCAGGCAGAUCCCUAGGCGGGGUGUGAACUCAGGAACCGGUGUUUUGUCCACGUCCGUAGUGUGGCCGCUACAGUGGCCACGCGAGCAGCCCCGGGGGUGGGCCUGCGGGAGCCCCCAGGGCAUGUGUGCUCAGAAGGGCUGGGAAGGGAGGCAGCUCCCAGAGGUUGGGGCUGCAGAGGGUAUGCCCGGGAGAGACUGCAGUGGGGGGCCCGGGAGGGGCUGCAGGGGUUUGCUUUGCCGCUGACCGCUGCAGGCCCCACGGGAGUGGGGACAGAACCGCAGCAGGUCAAGUGUCCAGACACGGCUCUUAGGGCCUUGAGAGGAACAGACGCGGGUCCGCAGGGGCGUCCACAGCCUUUCCGGAAGCCUCGAGGCUGUGCGGGGCUGCGGUGGGGCAGCGGCGGCCACACGGCGGCGCUGCAGGACAGCCUGGCGGCCGGCCCCGCUGCGGAGUGUCCCCGCGCCCCGCAUCUCAGCACUCCAGCACCUGGCACCCAGCAGGCAGUGGCUUCUGGGGGUCCUCGCAGGAAGGGGGUCCCAAGAAGCCCGGGCUGCAGUAGAGAGCUUCCUGGACCGGGACUGCCCUGGGCCUGCCCAGCUGGGAGAGGUCCGCCAUCUGUCCACUCAUCACCGGUUCCUCCUUUGGAGAUAAUCACUGCAGACACAGGCCCAUCUACACCGCUAUGAGGGGCGACGGGGAAGCCGGUGCAGAGGGACCGGUCACCUGCCUGACCUGGAGCUGGACUCCGAGGCCCUGGCCUCAGUGGGAGGACGGAUGGAGGGAGUGGUGGUGGCCGGCACAGGGGCGGGGGGAGCGGACGGACCUGUGUCUAGAAGCUGUGGCCUGCGGGGUGGAAGCAGGUGGGGGUGGCCCCGGGGCCGGCUUCAGAGUCCCUCUGGUCACGCUGCACCCCCGUGCUGCGGUCUCAGGCUCAGGAAGGGUGUCUGGGAGUGGGAGAGCCGAGAAGGGGCCUGUGGUGGGGUGGGAGCGGCAGGGGUGCCGGCGCAGGGGCGCUGCUGCCAGGGCUGUCCCGCAGCUGUGCCGCCGCAGGGGCUGCAAGAGCUCACAGGUCCAGAAGGGCCCUUGGGCGUCCCUCCCGCACGGUGUCCGUGCCUCUCGGAGUGAUCACGGAGUGCCCGGUCCUUCUCAGACUGGGCCACAGAAGCACGGGGGCUUGUCCCGGCCGCCAGCUGGACGGCAGCCCCGCAGAGGGAGCUCGGAGCCAGCCACUCACGCGUGGCUGCUGGGCAUCCUCACACCCAGGGCGCCCGUGGACCUGUGGUGAGUGGCCGAGCAGGGCCCUUGUGACGCACCGGGGACAGCAGGUGCUCUCCGCGACCCGCCCCUGCACUCGGUGCUCAGAAGCGGCUCUGCUGCCCCCCAGGGCUCUUGGGGCCCGUCCCUAGCUGGCCUCGAAGCAGGGGGGGUUCCCACGGGGCUGCCUGGUCCCCAAACCGCUUCCUCUAGAGCUGGCCGUCUGCGGGCCUGGUGCAGGGGUUGCAGGCUUCGUGGCCCCUCCGGCACCUGCGUGUCCCCAGGUGCCGCCGUCAGAGGCCCUGCGUGUCCCUGCAGCCUCGCUCUCCCUUGGGACGCACGCAGUCAGAGGAGCGCCUGUUUCCCGCAGGCGCAGGCUGGAUUCAAACCCAGCCCGGCGCACAGGCCCUUCGGGAGCCACGCUCUCUUGCCUCGGGGCAUUUUGUUCAUUGAGGGGACGGUCACGUCACGCACAGCUCACCAUCUGAAAGUCAACAAUUCAGUCAUCUGGUGCCUUCACGCCGUGUGACCACUACCUCUGUGCAUUCUAGCACCUUCUCCUCACCCAGGAAAGCAUCCGUGCCUGUUAAGCAGUCACUCCCCGCCCCCUCCCCCCGCCCCUGGUGGCCCCGGUCUUUCUGUUUCUGUGGAUUUCCGACUCCAGAUCUUUCAUGAAAGAACAAGUACACGACACAUGGCCUUCGGUGUCGGUCCUCUCCCCGUCAGGCCACACUGUGGCAGGUGUCGGCACUGGCUUUUCAGAGCUUGGGCAUAAACGCUCCAGUGCGGAGAGACCACAUUUUGUUUAUUUGGACAUCAGUGGACGCCUGGGCUGUGUCCCCCCCCCCCCCCAGCUGUGGUGACCAGCGCGACCAAGAACAUUCGUGGGCAAGACCCUGCGCGACCACGUGUGAAGACCUCGGCACCCCCUUUGGAUCACCGUAGCUUUGUAGGCCGCUCGUCCUGAGACCGGAACCGGCGCACGCGGGCUGCCCGCACCCGUCCGCACGCCGUGUCCCCGCGGGGCAAGCGGCGCCCGGCCGCGACACCGGAGAGCGCGCAGUGUGCACCUGCCGUGCGCAGGUGUGUGCGGUCAGCGCCCGGCGCGGACAGCCUGCGGACGGUCCUCGGUGGCCCCGAGCAGAUCGGACCCAGCUGCCCGGCGCGGUGGCUGCAGGUGGCCCAGCAGGACGACCCCACGACAUGCCACUCCCCGAGGAAGCUCCCGUCCCCUCCCCCAGGGCGCCGCGGUGAGGGGGACCGGGCCUGCCGGGGGGAGGGGAGGCGAGUCUCCUGGCGGGUACCCGGCGCCCCCCGGUGGCCAAGUCCCGCCGCGCAUCCAUCUUUCAUUUUUACGGCACCGGGUUAGCACUCCGGUCCUGACGACGAGAAAACCGAUGUUGAUGGGAAAAUAUCACUUUCUCUGCGGAGCACGGACGUGGGAAGGCUGGGUUUCCUUCUCGCAGAAAACAAUGUCACCCCGGUCAGGAGCGCAGCGCUCAGACCCCCAGGUUUCCAUGGCGACGGCCACCCUCCCCCUGUGCGGUGCUGAGCCCAGCAGGUGAUGCGCGGGUCCCAGGCUCUGCCCAGUGGAGGCACGGCCACCCCCAGGGCAGGACAGACGCUUUCCUUCCCAUUCCCGUGGCCAUCCACCUCCUCUUGGCAGAGGGUCUCCUGCAUUUGCGGGCUCUGCUUGGUGGGGGUCUUUGCCCCGAAGCCUGCAGACAGCGGGAGCCGUAGGCUGAUUAAAGCCCCUUAAGGAUGUCUGUGUCCUAGUCUGGAGGCCAUGAUGCCAGGGGUCAGGGGCCAAGGGAAUGAUGUAGGUGGCCCUGAGGCCAAGAAGCUGCCUGUGACGUUGGGAGACUGUCCCCUAGGGUCCUUACAAGUGGAAGAGGACGCAGAGAGCGUCAGAGUCAUGUGACAUGAGAAGCUCCUGGAGCUGGGGAUGGGAGAGGCAGGGAAAUGCAGUGCCCUCUGGGCCCCUCCAGAGCCAGUGGCAUUUGCAGUCCCGGAAGCCUGGCCAUGGUGGUCUACUGCGGCAGCCACGGGAGGCCAGCACAGGGGUGUCAUCAAUCUGGGGAACCCACCGUGCUGUUCCCAAGACCUGGCCGCUCUCUUCCACACCAGCCAGCCCCUUGCUGCAGCCCACAGGCCGGCUGUCGCGACCGCGUCCGCCCAAGCCCACUCCUGUGGUUGCUGGGCCCAGGUGCCGUGCUGCUGGGGUGUGAGCAUUCCCUCUGGAACGAGGACCCACACGGAGCCCCCAGAACCCUCACCCCAGCAGAACCAACCAGGGCUUCGUGGGCCGUAAUUUCUCCAGGAAGCCGGCCAGCUCCUCCCAGGGAGGCCCACAGCGGGGAGGGAUGGGGACCCUGGGUCCUGGGAGUCACGUGGCCCCUUUUCUGUGAGAGCCGCAGUGCGACCUGGGGGCAUCGGCUCCUCCUCUCACUACACCCGGUGCACCUAAACCUCCCCAUCGCCCCCCCUUGGGGUCUGGUGUGCAUAACCCUGCCCCACGCAGCACCCCGCAGCCUCCGUGGAGUGAAGGUCUUCAAGCGGGCCUCGGGGUCAGGAUGCCUGAGUCGUGAUCCCAGUUCUGCCGCCACCCGAUGGCCAUGGCUUUGGGCGAGUUACUUAAUUCCUGUCCCCCCACUUCCUGUGGCAGAGUGGCGUCCAGGAAGCCACACCCACGGAGGGGUGGGGGACUCGCGUCCUUGGACCCCAGGGAGCGUCGGGGCGAAGUCCCCACGUGGGAGGCAAACCGGGGCCGCCGUGGGGCCGGGUCAUUGCGGGGCACGCCGGCCGAGGGCGGGGAGGACGGGGAGGCGGACUUGGCCCCCGAGCCUGGGGAAGGAACCAGGGCAGCAGCCGGCGCACCGCCCGCGGCCCCCUCCGGCUGCGAGACGGCAGGUUGCGUGGUUUAAAGUCGGCCGCGGGAGGGGGUGCACCGGGGCUGGAGGCUCUGGGAAGAGAGGCUCAGCUCCCGCCGCGCGAGGGGCCGCCCAGGCCCCGCCCCCAAGCCACAAGGCUGCAGCCAGUCACCUCUGCACUUGUUUAUUGUCAUGA